GCAAGAUAUCCGUUUGUUUCCCGAGAAAGUGAUAGAAAAUGGCUACCACUGAGGAACCUAUUCUCUCUAGGAUUGACCGUUUGGAUAAUAUGUUAAGGCAAUUGGAGGAAAUUAGAGGGUACAGUCGAUCUCCAAAGAGCUCGUGUGCAUCCACUUCAACAAGCCGAAGUGAUGAACACGUGUCCUCCGCUGAUUUCUCCCCAAAGAGCUUGGAAAAGCGCUGCCGUCCGAUCGAGAACGUUAUGAUGGAGACUGAAGUCAAAGGAACCCUGAUAGAGAGGCUCAACCAAGUGGAGGAUCGGAUGCGAAAGUUGGAGGAAGAGUGGGGAGCAGAGAGGAAAAGAAAAGAGAAGAAAAUGGAGAAGAGACCAAAGAAGGGUUUGAAACAGCUUGUGAAGCAAUGUGUGAAAGCAAGGGGAAAACAUGAUCAGAAAAAUGAAUGAAUUAUAAUCAUUGUGGUACA